CUGCUGGUAGCGCUGCUCUCAGAGCACGUUCAAUGAGAGUGGGGGAGGGAGCCCCGCAGCUGCACGCCGGAUAACGGGAGCAGUGGACUCUCCAUCCCGCGUCCUGGGAAUGAUUGAAUACGUAUCUGGCUGGACCCUUGGACAUGUUCUGAGUGAUGUGAAAGAUUUGUGAUGUCACCCCAGUGGGCUGAGCCUGGGAGCUCCCUUGGAACCUUAAAGCAUCAUGUUUCACUAUGAAUGUUAGACCAGAGGAUUUCUGAAGCACAGGACGGAUGAGGAGUGAGCUGCUUCAUUGAUUACAAAACCACUGGAAUAAAAGUCUGAAGAACACGGAUUUCUCCUUUCUUUUUCUUUUUUUUGCCCAAUUUUUCUUCUGGGCUUAAACUCUGGUUUAGCACUGGUUGUGGGCAUUCGGUGGUCUGCACCAUGUGUCAUGUCAUAGUAACAUGCCGUUCCAUGCUGUGGACCAUCCUGAGUAUCGUCGUGGCUUUUGGAGAACUUAUAGCUUUUAUGAGUGAAGACUGGCUGAUUGGCAAAGCGAAAAGCACGGAUAUCGAUAACAGGACUGGCGGUCACCAUGAGCAUUAUCGUCCAACUUUGGGCAUCUAUGGACGUUGUAUCAGAGUGCCUAAAGUGCAGUACUUCAGGAGAGACGCCCUUUGUGGUCCUUACGCAGAGCAUUUUAGCGAGAUAGCAAGUGGUUUCUGGCAGGCUACGGCUAUAUUCCUUGCCGUGGGCAUAUCCAUCCUCUGUAUCGUAGCUUUUGUCUCGGUCUUUACAAUGUGCGUACAGAGCGUCAUGAAAAAAAGUAUAUUCAAUGUGUGCGGGCUGCUUCAAGGAAUAGCAGGUCUUUUUCUUAUCCUUGGCCUAAUCCUAUACCCUGCUGGAUGGGGAUCUCAGAAGGUGAUCGGUUACUGUGGACAUUAUGCCUCCGCAUACAAACUUGGGGAGUGUUCGUUGGGGUGGGCCUUCUACACGGCCAUCGGAGGCACCAUCCUUACCUUCAUCUGCGCCGUCUUCUCUGCACAGGCCGAAAUUGCCACCUCUAGUGACAAAGUUCAGGAAGAAAUAGAAGAGGGGAAGAACCUCAUAUGCUUGCUUUAACAAACACUUUAGAGACUUCAUAAAGGGAUCAUCAUGUUUACACGGCCCACUUCUUGCAUGAUUGGAUGAUACACAUUCAUGUGAUGUCAUGCUCCAGCUUCUUCUCCUUAGCCUGUCAAGUGGAAAGGGGCCUUCUACCUGGAGAUGGGACCAGAGAUGUGAUUGUAGUGCUCGGCACAUGGAAAUGAAGUGCAAAGAUUUGUGUAUAAUACUUGCCAAUGUUGUGAUCCUUCAGCUUCCGAAAAGUCACUUUAAAACUGUAUUUUCUCCUUUCCAUAUCAGAAAGCUUACGGAGUAUUUUUGGACCUUUUUUUUUUUUUUUUCUAUUUUCCAGUUUUUCUAAUUUGAAGCCACUGCUUGCUGAAAUCUGUGUGCCACUAAUCUUUGUGUUUGUAAACUGGAAAAUUGUAGUUUUCUCAUAUGGUUCUUUAUGUGGUGCAAAUGAAUGUUUAAAUACGUAUAGGAUUACUUUUUUUUUUUAGAUAUGGAGAGAACCACUGCAUUGACAAUGGGAAUACUUUGAAUAUGGCCAUUUGAAUUGACUUUUAAAGGGGUCUUAUUAGGAUAUUGACAGCACCCUAAUGAAUCAUGUCCUUCACCGCAUUAUCUCUCUGACUUAGCAGAUCAGUCUUUGAGGGAGCUGGGCCACUUUAGUGCAUUUUAAGAGACUGAUAGAUCCUGUGCAUCCAGGUCGUCUUGAAUGUGACCGAUGCAGCACUCCCUUGUGGAGUCUAGGCUCUGUUCUCAUCUGCGUCCAAAGCCUCAGUCUACAUUACUUUUAGCAGAAAAAUGACUGAAACUUUGAUGGACCCCAUUAUAAGUAUGUGGGGCCUGUUGGUCACCAUUUGGAUCUGUUUAUAUAAUGAAUCUAUCUUAGUCUUAGUGAAUUGGUCGUAACGUGCUGCAGGGGACUCGCCCAGGUUCUGUUCCGUAGCUUCGGCCUUAAAAAUGUAAACCGUUUAGACUCUAAUGAAUGUACUAACAUUAUAUGUGCACACAACUUGAGCUAUAGAGACAGCACAGCACUGACCCAUGUCAACAGCAAGUAGUGGACCCCACAAGCUAUUAUCACUGUAUAGAGUUACGUGGUUCAUUUGCUGGGGGUCUUAAAAGCACACUUCAUACAUUUCAAUUGUGUAAGUAGGGACCAAAUAUUUGGUGCGUUAUAUUUCCUAUAACUGCCCGUUAUUUAUACUAGAUUUUGAGGAAUAAUUAAUGGGGCCCUAUUUAUGUCUUGUUGGUGAAUACAAAGCUAAGGUUGUGAUUCCGGUCUUAGUGCUCAGUAUCAAAGUUGCAAAUCAAUGGACAUCAAGGCAUAGGUGGUCUCUAUAGUCAGUAAUAGGAGGCCUUUACAUGGACCUUAAUUUGUCCUUUCACAUAUAUAGUCUUAUAUGUAUGGGAAUUGUUUGGCGGUCUUGUCAGCUUAAGGUGGUUUUCUGAAACUAUCCUCUGGAUAGAUUAUCAGUAUCUGGUGGGGGUCAGACACCCCGGACCCUCGCCGAUCACAGAAGCAAGGCGUCGGACUCCCAUCUAUCAUAUACUGAUGUUUUUUCCAGGGGAUGUUGUCCCUUGUGCCAUUUGGCUACCAGGAGAUGCAUGUCAACCUGUUAGUCACGGUCUUGAGGGACUGGGAAGCUCUGUCCUCUUGAAUACGCGCAAAUCAUACUGCUGCUGUUGGGCGUGUUUCACACGGUCGGCAGUAGUUCAGGAAGGCUGUUCCAGCAGAGAACAACCUACCAGAGCUCUCUGGAUUCGGCAUUACUUGAUGCUACCGCAAUGCCCGCUGGCCCCUUUGGGGCCUGCUGUCAUCCCAGUAACAUCUGCUCUGGCAGGGUGUUCUCUGCCGGCAGUGUGAAACACACUUACACAGUGAUGUUUGGAGUUGUACUAUACAUUCAUUGAGCAUGUGUAUAAACUUUCAUUUAAAUGUAUAUCUGUCCCUAUUGUUCGGAGAUCCUCAGCCAAUAGACACUACUGGUUUUACAGUUGGCAAAAUUACUGAAUAUUUGGUGCUCCUCCUUUCCAGCUUCACUGUUCCAUUAUAUUCAGUGUGUAUGGCAGCAUAUUGAAUAGUAUGUAUUCCAGUCUGUUCUCGUUUCAGUUUAUUCCCCUGCAGGAAUUUAUUGGAAAUGUAGAAUAAUUUCUAGAAUGCUGGAUCACCUACAACUUACUUAAGCACAUUGAUCCUGGGAAUUAUUCCAAGGUGCUAAAGUGGAGGAAUAAGCAAAAGAACCUCAUAAAGUCAUCAGAUUGCUAGUAUUUAGGACAGUGAUGCCCUACUAUUUUACCAUAAGAAACCCCUGAAACAUUCUCCCAUGUUGAGGAACGUCUAUCAUGCCCACCUCAUUGCAUAGACAACCUACUUCUCAUGCUCCUUCUUAUACAAAUAAGGGGAAAGAGAGAAUUAAAUUGCUUAAUGUUGUCCACCUCAUGCCAAGCAUCCAUGAUCUGAAGAUCAACAUACCGUCCCUUGCAUUUACAGUGGACCUUUCUACCAGUGAACCCGGCCUUUAUCCCCAGACAUGUGGAGGACAAAGAGAUUUAGGCUUUAUUCUUCACACAUCAGUGUUUUGGUCACUAUUUUGCAUCAGUGAUUGUUGAACCCCCAAACCAGCAGCUGGACCAAAACAUAGAACUUGUGCAUUAUACCUCAUCAUGGUGGAGGAUCCACUGUUGGUUUUGGUCAAUGUAGCACCAUUGAUGAAAACAGUGACUUGUGAAUAAGGCUUAAAGCUUGCCAUGCACAUUAGUCUUUUACUGGCCAGACCCACCAUGAACGACGGGUUCGGCCAACACACUGUGUAUGGGGAAGCCGGGAGGGAGUGGGAAUAGAGAGCUGUCGGCCGAACGAUCAUUUGACCGAUACCUAUUGCAUGUGUAUGGGCAACUUAAACGGUCCUUUUACAUGGAUGGAUGUCAUAGUCACAUCGGGAACAAACUGUUCGUUCCUAAUAAUUGCCUGCUCAUUAGAGAUGGGAGCUACAUUUACAUCACGGCGAUCGCUCGUCCCCAUAGAGGAUCACAGUUUACUCAGGUAGAUUUGCUUCACAAAAAAGAUAAUUUUGGUGCUGGCCAAAAGACAUGAUCACCUGAUGAAUGAGCCAAAUGCUCAUCCCCAAUAAUUUGCUCAAUCAUUGGUUGGUUUAAAAGGACCUUAAGGAUUACCAGCUCUACAUUGUCAUGCAUAAAAUAAAUUAUCUGAAUCUUUUUAGGCCUACCCAUCAUCUACGCCCACUUUAUUCUGGAGAAUCCUUAUGAAUCAUGAAAGAUGAAAUCAACCGUGCUUAUGUUCUCAGAAGAACUAUGCAAAUCCAAGCUUUGUUAUAGGAUCUAUUAGAGCAAACCUAAUAAUACAAACAUAAUCUACAAACUAAAAACUUAUCCGUCAUGUAAAAUCAAAGACUGCGAAUGGAAGGUUACAGAACUUUACACAUACCACAAUCUAUGUGCCAACGAACACUUGUUACUGGGACUUUUUGUGGCCUUCAAUGUAUUUUCUGUUUGAGUAUUGCUAAAAACCAAAGCACAACUUAGGAGGGUGUCACACAG